AUGGACUUGAACCAGAUGUGCUUGUUCACAGGUGACAUAGGUCAGCAGAACUGGCUGCAGUUAGAUCACCGGGUUCUGGACCAUGAUUUGCCCAAGAAACCAGGCCCAGCCAUUUUGCACUUUGCUGUGAGAUUUUACAUUGAGAGCAUAUCGUUCUUAAAGGACAGGACCACCGUGGAGCUGUUCUUCCUGAACGCCAAGUCCUGUGUGCACAAGGGGCAAAUCGAAGUCGACAGCGAAACCGUCUUCAGGUUGGCGGCGCUGGCUUUGCAGGAAGCCAAAGGGGAUUACACCAGUGAUGAAAAUGCCAGGAAAGAUUUAAGGACACUCUCAGCCUUUCCAACCAGAACUCUUCAGGAGCACCCGUCCCUUGCUUACUGUGAGGACAGGGUCAUUGAGCAUUAUUUGAAAACCAGAGGUCUGACCCGGGGUCAAGCUGUGGUUCAGUAUAUGAAAAUAGUAGAAGCUCUACCGACCUACGGAGUCCAUUAUUACGCAGUAAAGGAUAAACAAGGACUUCCUUGGUGGCUUGGAAUCAGCUAUAAAGGAAUUGGCCAGUAUGACUUACAAGAUAAAGUGAAACCUCGGAAACUGUUCCAGUGGAAACAGCUGGAGAACUUAUAUUUCCGUGAGAAAAAAUUUGCUGUUGAAGUUCACGACCCACGGAGGAUUUCGGUAUCAAGAAGGACCUUUGGGCAAAGUGGCCUCUUUGUGCAAACCUGGUAUGCACACUCCUCGCUCAUCAAGUCCAUCUGGGUGAUGGCCAUCAGUCAGCACCAGUUUUACUUGGACCGGAAGCAAAGCAAAGCAAAAAUUCCUUCAGCCAGAAGUUUAGACGACAUCGCGAUGGAUUUGACGGAGAUGGGAACCCCGAGGACCUCCAAACCGGUCACUCUGGAGGCAAAAAGCCAGUUCAUCAUGGCCAGCAAUGGCAGCUUGAUCUCCUCAGGUUCUCAAGACUCGGAAUUGAGUGAGGAGCAAAAGCGAGAGAAAAUCCUGGAACUCAAGAAGAAGGAAAAGCUGUUGCAAGAAAAGCUCCUGAAAAAAGUCGAGGAGCUUAAGAAGAUCUGUUUGCGGGAGGCUGAGCUCACAGGCAAAAUGCCAAAGGAGUACCCGCUGGGCAUCGGUGAGAAACCUCCGCAGGUCAGAAGGCGUGUGGGCACCGCGUUCAAGUUAGAUGACAACCUGCUCCCCAGUGAAGAGGACCCUGCUUUGCAAGAGCUGGAGAGCAACUUCCUAAUACAGCAAAAGCUGGUGGAAGCUGCAAAGAAACUUGCCAAUGAGCCAGACCUGUGUAAAACCGUGAAGAAAAAACGAAAGCAAGAUUUCACGGAUGCAGUGAGAAGGCUGCAGGAGAUUGAAAAUGCAAUAAAUGAAUACCGAAUUCGGUGUGGGAAGAAGCCGACCCAGAAAGGGACAGGUCCCUUACCAGAAGACGUAAUCCCCUCAGAAAGCAGCUCCUUGUCCGACACUACCACCUGUGAUGAUCCUAAUGACACCUUCACUCUUGCUGGGCAGCGAUCGAGUUCAGUACCUCAUUCUCCAAGAAUUCUUCCCCCCAAGUCUCUGGGCAUUGAGCGAAUCCACUUCAGAAAGUCGUCCAUCGGUGACCAGCUGGUGGAUGCCAGGCAGCCCAGAGAAAUGCUGUCGACACACAGCAGCCCUUACAAAACCCCGGAGCGGCGGCCCCCCGGAGGGCGGAGCAUGCCCACCACCCCCGUGCUCACCCGCAACGCCUACAGCAGCAGCCACUUAGAGCCCGAACCCCCCGCUCAGCACUGCCGCCAGCGGAGUGGCAGCCUGGAGUCCCAGUCGCGCCUGCUGUCCGAGCUGGACCACGACCGGCCGUUCUUCUCCCUCUGCAAGUCCCAGCGGAGCAGCAGCACCGAAGUCCUGGACGACGGGUCCUCCUGCACCAGCCAGUCCAGCGCCGAGUACUACUGCCUGAGGAGCCUGAGGAGCGGCGUCCACGCCCAGGGCCACGAGCAGCCCUCCUACUACAUCGGGUGCACGCCCUUCGCGGAGUGUGACCUUUACUACGGCGGCGGCUACGUCUACGAGAACGACACGGAGGGACAGUACAGUGUCAACCCUUCCUACCGCUCCUCCGUCCACUAUGCAUACGACCGCCAGCGGGACUACAGCAGGUCCUUCCAUGAGGAUGAGGUGGACCGGGUGCCCCAUAACCCCUAUGCCACCCUCCGGCUGCCCAGGAGGGCCGCGGGCUCGGAGCGCGUCACCAAGCACAUCCACAAGGCCCUGGGGGCUGACGUGGACUCGGACAGGGGCUCCCAGCGAUGCCUGGGGUGGGCGGCGCUGCAGGUGCCCUGCUCUCCGGGCAGCCGCGCGUCUUCCUACUCCUCAGUGUCUUCUACAAACGUUUCCGGGAGCUGGAGGACCCAGAUGACAGUAGGGCUUUCUGAGUACGAGGCCCCAGCACAUCCUUCCUACACCAGCUGCUACGGCAACUUCUACAGUCCUUUGCCCUCUCCAGGCAGACAGUACGCAGAGGCCGUGGCCCUGGACAGCGCGGACGGGGGCCGGCUGGCGGGCGGCCUGGAGGCGGCCGAGCAGGGGCUCCUCUGGCAUGAAGACUCCAAGCCCGGGACCUUAGUCUGAGCGGAGCCGGACUCCCCCUGCCCUGCGUUCUCACACCGUGUGCCUUGGAAAUGUGUUCAUCUUCCCAGAAGGCUGUUUGGCAUCAGAGGAUGAAAAGAGGACUCCCCUUGCCCCGAAGUGAACCCCACCCUCAGCCGCACAAAGCCCCGCGGACACCUGCCGUCCCCGACCAGACCUCCCCGGCGGAGUGGGGGCCACCAUGGCCCACCAUGGCCCAGGGAGGGCUCGGCCUUCCUCAACAGUGAGCACUUUGUCAGGGAGUAAAGUUGUUGAAGGCAAACCCAAACUGUGCAAAGUGCUGUCAGGAUCUCCAACAGCAACGAAGGCGGGGAUGUCAGAGCACAAGUCAGAAUGGCGCCUGGGAGGCCAGCGCUGGCCACGCUCGCCCUCAGGAAGCGGCGGGUGAGCUGCGGAGACGGACGCUGCUCCCCCCGGACAGGAACAUUGGACAGUAUUGGAGAAUUACUUGAAGAGAAGCUGGGUCUUCAUGAAGUUCUGACGAGUGUAAAUGUUUUUUAGGUUUUAUAAAGAGUGAUGGUUUCAUAAGCACCAGAAAGUGGGUUCCAGACAGACUUGCCGCCUGGCACCCUGCGAUGACCCCCGGCGGCCGGCCCACAGCGGCCCUGGAGCUGGCCACCUGCUGGGGGGCAUCCAGGCCCCGUCCCCGCGCUCCUCUUUCCUGCUCCAGUGGCACGAGGAGCUGUUAUUCAGGCUGUUAACGCUCCAACGUGGCUGUCAUUUGAAAUGGCAGACUUGAUAUGGAAAGUUUAUAAUCAAGAUUUUGAAAAUGUAUUUUGAGGUGAUACGGAAAGAACCCAAAACAAAAUAAAGAAAAAAAAGCACAUCAUUUUAGAUGAAUUGUGUGCCUUAAAAUGGUGACUUGUUAGAAAAGUAAGCUAUUGUCUGAAUUCCACAGGUAGUCUAAGUCACCAAGUGACACAAACCAGAUUAGUCAUUAAAAGUACAAAAACUCCAAGCUGCGGUAGAUUUAAUUAUGAGGCUAAAACUACCUCAUACUUUCCGUGGAAGAACUAAUUAGCUGUGGUUAUGGUUGAGUUUUUUUAAACAAAUAUUUCCAUAUUCCAGAUCUUCUUUACUCUGCUUCAGAAUUCCAUAACAGGUGCUCUUCCCCCCUUUUAUACAGGUUUCUUGUUCAUAUUGUGACUAGAGCAGUUUCUGAACAACUUUUUGGAACAUUUUCUAUCUAUAUUCCAAAGCAUGUAGUAUUUACAUAAAGUGGGUUUGUUAAACUGGUCCUUAGUCAUUUGUAUCAUUAAAAAUGAAGUUUGGGGAGGAGGGGAAUUGGAACAAAAAAAGACAUGCAAAAAAUAACAUUCCUUUUGCAUACUUGUAUAGCCUUCUAGAAACAGAAAUACCUUUUGCAUAUUCUUUUACUGUUCUGACUUUUUAAGACCUAUUAUUUUUACAUAGGUCAAUAAACUGAAGUGUGCUACUGAAAA